CCCCAGCUCCCCAACCAUCUCCGCACACUUCCCGUUCUCUCUCCCCUCAUCAAUCUCGCCCCCUCCGCCACCAGACACUGCGAAAAAUCAGGGCAAGGCCGCCCCAGAAUCUCGUAAACCCUACUCACCAAAUACUUGCUGCGCAAUGGGGCCGUAGAUCUCCGCCGGAGGGAGCGGAAGGAAGGCUCUUCUCGGUCCGGCCUGUGGUUCUUGGAGCUUCCCCUGCCGGGAUUCGGCUGCUGCUGCUGCUGCUGCUGCUGCUGGGGACGAAGUGAAAGCUACCGGUUGACUGCUACUGGCCUGUGAAAGAGAGAACUUUGUGAGGCGGCUACGGUGUUUGAUUUGUCAAAGAGGAGCUCUCGGUGCCCUUAUUUUUGUCUCGUAUACAUGGGAUGCUUGCUGUGAGCCGUGCUGUUUGUUCUUGGAGAAAAUAGGACAGUGCUCCCAGGAUCUGAGUUUUGGCCUUUGGGCUUAAAUCUUCUCUGUUUGGUUCGGGGCUUGGCUAUGGCAGUUUCUGAGAAGGCGGUACGACCAUGCUCAUCGUCUUCGUCGGGUUUGGACCCGCUGUUGAAGGAUCUUACAGAGAAGAAGCUGAGCUUUAGAAGAAACGUGGCAUCUCUGGCGUCUGAGCUGAAGGAUGUGAGGCACAAGCUUGCGUCCCAGGAGCAGCUGUUUACUAGGGAAUCCCAAACUAGGAAGGUUGCAGAGACGAAGGCAAGGAGCAUGGAGGAAGAAGUGAGUAAGCUGCAGCAAUGCUUACUGGACAAAGAUGAGCAGCUAAAUGCAACGAGAGGCAUCACCGAACAUUACCUCGAUGAUUUGGAUGAUCUUAAAUCAAGACUAUCAGUUACUCAAGCUACAGCGGAAGCCAGUGCUGCAUCAGCCAAGUCAGCUCAGUCACAGUGCUUGUCCUUGUUGAAAGAGCUGAAUGAGAAGGACCGCUCGCUGAAAGAGCACGAGCUUCGAGUUAACAAGCUUGGCGAGCAGGUAGGUCUUCUCCAGAAGGACCUGAAGGCAAGGGAACUUUCACAGAGGCAACUCAAGGAUGAUGUCUUAAGGAUUGAGACCGACAUCAUGGGCGCAGUUUCCAGAGCUGGGUCUAGUAAAGAUAACGAGCUGCUGAAGGUUUUAUCUGAUGUUUCACCAAGGAAUAUCGAGAAUAUUAGCAAGCAUUUGAAUACUAAGGAUACAGAGAUUGCCAGGCUGAGAGAUGAAAUCAGGAUAUUAACUGUUCAUUGGACAAACAAAACAAAGGAACUAGAGUCACAACUAGAGAAGCAGAGGAGAACCGACCAAGAGCUGAAAAAGAGGGUUCUAAAACUUGAAUUCUGCCUUCAAGAAUCACGGUCCCAAAUCCGAAAACUUCAGAGGAUGGGGGAGAAGAGGGAGAAGCAGCUCAAGGAGCUCAAGGAUCAGGUGGCCAUGAAGCAGCCCGACGGCCCUCGCCGCGACGAAGACAAGAAGCCCUUCUGGGAGAAUGAUACGUUCAAGUUCGUCGCCGGCAUGUCAAUGCUGGUCGUGAUGGUCCUCGCAAAGCGUUGAGAAGAGUGUGAUUUUGUGUAGAGAAGUUGGAGAUUCUAGAUGUUGGGUGAGCAACUAGCUCGCUCUGUAGUCUUAAGAAGCCAGCCAUGUACUACUGGAGUAGCCUUGUAAAUUAGGUUUAGGCCUGGGUAUGCUGCAUGGUCAGAUGUUCAGUGACCAGAAUUCGUCGACGUCCAAGUUUAGACCUCUAGACUGUAGCAGUGUAGUUCAGCUGCUAGUUCAUGUAUGGUAGCAACUGCAAUCAUGUACUUAUCCUGUGAUGUUAAUGGUGCUAUGUUUUGCUUA